GGGGACUCACGAGGUGAUGGCGGCUGGCGGGGAGCAUGGCGGCCCUUGCUAGAGGCGUUCUACAGUGCGACUGAGGAGGCCCAGGGUGUCCCGUUUGUUUCAUCACCAGCAAGAGGCAGGUAGUGGUGCUGUCCGCGGUGGCAUUCUUGGAGUGACUGGCGACAGAAUACGUUCGUGAUGGAACCGGGGUCUGAGGAGAGGUCCCCGCCUACAGAAAUGAGUGAACAGACUGCUGCAUUAGAUACCUCGUCGCCACCCAAUAAGGCGCCUGCCCGUUCUGACAGGACUGUAUCCAACGAUGACUUGGCAAGUAUCUUCCAGUGUCCUGUCUGCUUAGACUAUGCCUUACCACCAAUUCUUCAGUGUGAGAGAGGCCAUCUUGUUUGUAGAAGCUGUCACUCAAAGCUCACAUCUUGUCCAACUUGCCGCGGCCCCUUGGGAUUCAUUCGCAACUUGGCUAUGGAGAAAGUGGCUAAGUUUGUACUUUUCCCGUGUAGAUAUGCCUGUUUGGGAUGUGAAAUCACUCUGCCACACACAGAAAAAGUAGAUCACGAAGAAGUCUGUGAGUUUAGGCUUUAUUCCUGCCCGUGCCCUGGUACUGUCUGUAAAUGGCAAGGCACCAUGGAUGCUAUAAUGCCUCAUCUGACUAAAAUGCAUGAGUACAUUACAACAAUAGAGGGAGAGGAUAUAAUUUUCCUUGCUACCAGCAUUAAUCUUGUUGGCGCUUACGAUUGGGUGAUGAUACAGUCCUGUUUUGGCGUUCGCUUCAUGUUAGUCUUGCAGAAACAGGAAGAUCGCAAUGGCGGCCAGCAGUUCUUCGCAGUCGUACAGCUGCUGGGAACAAGCAAGGAAGCUGAAAAUUUUGCUUACCAACUUGAGCUAAAGGGUAAUCGGCGACGACUGACUUGGGAAGCGACUCCUCUACCUAUUCAUGAGGACAUAGCAAAAGCCAUUAAGAAUAGAGACUGCUUAAUCUUUGACGCCAACACUGCGCUGCUUUUUGCAGAAAAUGACGAUUUAAGCAUCAAUGUAGUUAUUAAUAAGCGUUGAAAUGGCAGUGGAACAUUUUCUAGCCAGUGUUUAAAACUGUUUAAUUUCACAGAAAAUAAGCCACCCAUCUGCCUGCCAACCUGAAACUCUUCACAAGUAUAAGCUCAACAAAUAGAGAUAAAUAGAAAGGCUGUUGAAUACAGGAAACAGUUGUGUGUAGUAACAUUAGUAUAUAUAAAGAUGAGCAUAUUUUGCAUUAAGAAAGCAUUACAAAAUAAUUUUGAAUUUUGUGUUGUAGAUUGAUUGUAUUGUUGAAAAAUAAUGUUUUGUUUUGUUUUGUUUUUGGGUCUGUGAGUGUGUGUGUAUGUGUGUGUGUGUGUGUUGGUUUUUUUUCUUUUUUUUUUUUCUUUUUUUUUUUUUUUCUUUUUGAGACAGAGUCUAGCUCUGUCGCCCAGGCUGGAGUGCAGUGGCGCGAUCUCGGCUCACUGCAAACUCCGCCUUCCGGGGUCACACCAUUCUCCUGCCUCAGCCUCCCGAGUAGCGGGGACUACAGGCACCCACCACCUCACCAUGUUAGCCAGGAUGGUCUGGAUCUCCUGACCUAGUGAUCCGCCCACCUCGGCCUCCCAAAGUGCUAGGAUUACAGGCAUGAGCCACCGAGCUCGGCUGUUUUUUUUUUUUUUUUUUUCCUUUAACUGACAAGCCAUUUUGAGUGUUCAUGGACCACUGCUUUUCCGCUUUGUGAGUCAAUACGUAGUGCUACUAUGUGGGUUUUUUUUGUGUGUAUUUGCUAGUUUUUUCUUCUAGUUUUUCAUUAAAUAGAUUUGACUUUCUGUUCUGUAAUUCAGGUUGCAUCUCACUGUUUUGUACCGUUUUAAAGUUAGUGUCUUUUGAUAUGCAUAAUUGUUUAUGGUAAAAUUUAUAACAUGUGUUCCAUACAUGUUCUCUUUUCCCCCAUUAAUUGGUUCAUUGGAAAUUUUUUUUUUUUUUUUUGGACAGAGACUAUGUCGCCCAGACUGGAGUGCAGUGGCGAGAUUUUGGCUCACUGCAACCUCCGCCUCCUGGCUGGGUUCAAGCAAUUCUCCAGUCUCAGCAUCCCAAGUAGCUGGGACUACAGGCGCCCGCCACCACACCUGGCUAAUUUUUGUAUUUUUAGCAAAGACGGGGUUUCACCAUAUUGGUCAGGCUGGUCUUGAAGUCCUGAUCUCAGGUGGUCCACCCUCCUCGGCUUCUUAAAGUACUGGGAUUACAGGUGUGAGCCACCAUGCCCAGCCAGAAAUAUUUUUAAAUCAGCUGUUUUGUGAAGAUAGGAGUUCCAGAAAGUAAAGGUGACAUCGGAAAAAUUACCAAAAGCUAUUUAAAACAUCUAUAAGAUGGUCUUCCUUUCUCUCUUCUACAGAUGAGUCAUAUCUUUGAGAUUAAUUUUUGAAGGCUUAGAGAAUAAAUAGCUGUUUACAAAUACUGAAAAUCAUUCCUUUUACAAGUAUCUUGGACAAAUUACGUUUAAAAUUUGUUCUUGUGUUUAUUGAUUGUAAAGGCAUUGUCAUGCACAGAACUUAAUUAAAAGCAAAUCAU